AUGCCGCCGCUCAGCAAGAAGGACAGCAAUGGAGCGGUCACGAGACCUGUGCACAGUAGAACAGACACAGGGGCGAGUGACUGGGCCACGGAUAAUGAGGUGGAGGUAGACGACAAGAAGCAGAAGGCCCAAUCUGACUUCGACAAGAAGAAGCAGACCUUCAUCACCCGCGCCAUCUGGACUUUGAUCAUGAUAGGCGUCUUCUUCGGAAGCAUAGCCGCCGGGCACAUCUACCUCAUCAUCAUCGUGACCGCGGUGCAGAUCAUCUCCUUCAAAGAAGUCAUUGCCAUCUCGAACGUGCCCAGCCGCGCGCGGAGUUUACGUUUCACCAAGACCCUGAGCUGGUACUUCCUCGGCACCACCAUGUACUUUCUGUACGGAGAGAGCGUCAUCUACUACUUCAAGCACAUCGUGCUGAUCGAUCGGGUUUUGCUGCCGUUUGCGACACACCAUCGAUUCAUCAGCUUCAUGCUAUACGUGAUGGGUUUUGUGUUCUUCGUUGCUUCUCUGCAAAAAGGGCACUACCGGUUCCAGUUCACCCAAUUCGCGUGGACGCACAUGGCGCUCUACCUCAUCGUGGUGCAGGCCCACUUCAUCAUGAACAACAUCUUCGAAGGGAUGAUCUGGUUCUUCCUUCCCGUCAGUCUGGUCAUCACGAAUGACAUCUUUGCUUAUAUCUGUGGCAUCACGUUUGGAAAGACGCAGCUUAUCAAGCUGAGUCCGAAGAAGACGGUGGAAGGUUUUGUCGGUGCUUGGAUCUGCACAGUGCUCCUCGGGUUCGUCCUCACCAACGUCCUGAUGCGCUACAGCUACUUCAUCUGCCCCGUCAACGACCUGGGCGCCAACGUCUUCACGGGCCUACAUUGCACCCCCAAUCCCGUGUUCCUCCCGCACACCUACACCCUCCCCUUCAUCCCCAGCCCCUGGACGUUUCUGCCGCAAAAGAUUACGGUGGCGCCAAUGCAAUUCCACAUCCUGGUCAUGGCGACCUUUGCCUCGCUCAUUGCACCCUUCGGCGGCUUCUUCGCCUCUGGGCUCAAGCGGACGUUCAACAUCAAAGACUUUGGCGACUCCAUCCCCGGGCAUGGGGGGAUGACGGACCGAAUGGACUGCCAGUUCAUCAUGGGAUUCUUCGCGUUCAUGUACUACCAAAGCUUCAUCGCAGUGUACAAAACGAGCGUGGGAAGUGUCAUUGAGACGGUGAUCACCGGCUUGUCGGCGGAGGAGCAGAUUGAGGUGGUGCGGGGACUGGCGAAGCAUUUGUACAACCAGGGCGUGGUGGGCAAUGAUGUGGUGGAGUAUUUGGCGAAGCGGUUGGGCGAAGGGGUGAAGCGAUGA